CUCACUAAAAGCACACUCAACAGGUUCUAUCUCCUCUCUUACAAGUAGUCAUACAUCUUGUCUCAAACAAUCCAAACCACCCCCACUCUCCAUUCUUAAAGAGUUCUCUUGCAUUUGAAUGGGUGAUAUUGCUCAGUUCUCCACUUUCAAGUAUGAAUUGCAAGAUGACUAUGAGAAUUACAAUUACUGGAAAUCAUGCAUGCAUUCUUACUUGAAGGCACAUAGCUUACUUGAUGUAAUCUCUGACUCCUAUGAGAGUGAAGAAACAAAUGAUGAGAAUGAAAAGAGGGAAUGGAGUGCAAAGGAUGGGAAGGUUCUUUACAUCCUCAAGACCUCCAUAAACCCUAAACUCUUUCUUCAUAUAUCAACUGCUAAAACUGCAAAGGAAGCAUGGUACAUUCUUACUUCUUUGAAAAAAACAAGAUUUAGGAAUCAAAUUCCAAGAAGCCAUGCUUGUGAUAUAAAUGAGAUGCAGAAAAGAAAGAUGUACAAAGCUUCCAUAAAUGAGGAAUGUGAAACCCUGCACAAUUUCUACCAGGAGAUAACAAAUAACCAAAACGCCUCCGAUACGUCCAUUGGCUGCACAAUUCUUCACCUAGUCACACAAUGUUGCCAUGUCAAAGUCCUCAACAAGCUCUUGGAGAUGGCAACUGAGGACGCUUUGAGCUGUGUCGAUGAACAAGGUAAUACGAUUCUCCAUGUGGCGGCAAUGGUUGGGAGCAUCGAGAAGGCUCAGGCAGUGUUAAGGAAGAAGCCAGAAUCAGUUACGGUUCGUAACCAUAGUGGAGAGACUCCGAUCUUUGUCGCUGCAAAGUAUGGUCAUAAGGCUGUUUUUGCAUAUCUCACUAUGGUAGGGAGGGUUGAGGGUUGCGUGAGAAGCAACAGUGGUGCUACCAUCCUUCAUGCUGCUAUAAUUGAAGAAUUCUAUGAUUUGGCACUAGAGAUAGCAGAAAGAUAUCCGACUUUGGCACAUGCACGAGAUGAGAGGGGUAUGACACCAAUGCAUAUCUUAGGAAGCUCCCCAAAGGCAUUCAAGAGUGGAACCAUGUACUAUUCCACUAAUAUUGCGGUCUCCUCUUGGGUUGUGUUGGAGACCAUUGGAAAGCUCAUUUAUUCAUGUAUUCCAGUAUAUGAUAAAUAUAAAGGCAGGCCAAUAAGUGCUAGAGAGGACAUAGAGACUCCUGCAUGCACGACAAUCGACCAUAGAUGGAGAGAUGAUGGCAAUUCUUCUCUAACCGAAUGGACAAAUAGCUUGGCACUUGGCUGCCCAUUGUUUGGACGGAUCUACCAAACGAAGCAAAAGCACAAGUGGGUGAGAAACUUGGUAGAAGUCCUGUUGAAAUUCGAGUCGAAUUACAGUUACGAGAACGAUGGACAAUUUCCUUAUGAGCUGAGGACUUCCAUUAAUGCCGGCCCUGAAUCUUUAUCAAAAAGGAAUGGGAUGGUAAGCCCUCUGGUUUUGGCUGCAAGGAAGGAUAUAGUGGAGCUUGUGAGAGAAAUUCUUAGAGUGUUUCCCAGUGCAAUAGAGUUCCUAGAUGAAGAUGGGAAGAACAUAAUGCACCUAGCAGUGGAGCACAGGGGAGAGAAAGUAUUCUGGUUGUUGAGAUCGAUGGGCACGCUUGUCUGCAGUAUGGCCAUGGGCAUUGACCGACACGGCCGCUCUAUCUUGCAUCUAGCAGCAAAGCUUGGGGAAUAUCCACCAUACCACACACUGGCGAGUCCACAAUAUAUGCAACGGGAGCUACUCUGGUUCAAGCGAGUGAAUCAUGUGUGUCCCCCUCAUAUAGUGGCACACAUAGACUCACAUGGCCACACUGCUCAAGAGUCGUUUGCUGCAACCCAUAGUGGCCUGGUGAAAGACGGUGAGGUAUGGCUCAAACAAAGUGCACAAACAUGUGUGAUCACAUCCACAUUGAUCAUAACCAUUCUGUUUGCUGCAACCUUCACAGUGCCGGGUGGUAACCAUGAGACCACUGGUAUCCCCAUCUUUCUGCAUGAUAAGAAGUUCAAGAUGUUCAUGGAUUACUUGAACUGGACCCUUUUCUUCUCUAGCCAAGCACUGGCAUUUUUCACAUCUGUCUUAACAACGCGCUAUGACGCAGAAGACUUCUAUAUCAUGCUGCCUAUGAAAUACUUUGCUGCUAACACCUUUCUUUUUCUAUCAGCUUGGGGUACUAUCAUAACCUUCUCAGUGGCAUACACUAUUGUAGCCGACUCCAUUUUUGGCUCCUCUCAUCUGGUUGGCAUGACAUUAGCCGCAAUUUCGACACUAACUUGGAUUCUUACAUAUAUGGAUGGCAUGACAUCCACCGUUAGCUCGACCUGCCUUAUAUUCUAUGAAGAACUCAAAUGGAAAGUGGGAGUUGAAGGCCCACUGAAGUCAAAACUCCUCUAGAAAAUAAAUUGACCUGGCAAAUGGGUUCUUCUUCUUGUUAAAAUAAAUGCUUGAUAGGUGCUGGCUACCAAUCCUUCCUAUGGCCUGGGCCUCUUGAAUGAUUUCACUCUUUCUUCUGGAAUGGAAUGGAGCAGUGUGAAGAUUCAUUAGGAGAAAGAGCAGCAGUCUCAAGAGGAUGAUUAAUGUGAUAUAAAUGAGAUAGCAAUGGUUGAUCCAUUGAGAACUUCGAAAGAGUACUAAGUUUGCCUCACUUUAGUCUGGACUGUAUGUUAAAAAUUAUUAUUCAUGUGGGGAACUUCAAGUUUCUGUGGUCAUUCUAA